UUCUUUUCUUUUUAAAACAGAUUUUUUUUUCAUGUGUGGUGACUGCCUGUGUAGCUGGGUGCAGUGUCCUGCAGAAGAAGCGGCCGCCUGCCCUCUGGCCUCUUCAGCCCGGGGAGCUGUGCGCAGAGCAACGCCUGUUUGGUGGCUGUGACAGGGAGUAUUAGGCAUGAGAUGCGGGUUCACUUGCCCUGCGUAGGGGCUUAUCUUGGGCUAAGCUGAGGGACUAAGAGCAGAGCCAGCCUCCGCUCGAGCCGGUCUGAGGGCACAGGGAGCCAUCUGUCCACUCUGUGGAUAACUGACAACAAAGGGGGCAAACACUGGACACGGACUACCAACUAGCACGGCGCUCAUCUCGCAGAAAUAAAGGAGAGACGGGGUUUCGUUUAUAAGGUUAUUCUCUUCAAAGCGCUUAGAGAAUGUCAGACAAGGAGGAAAUGGCAUCAGACGGGAAUCUGAACGUGACCUUAACGCUCCGGCUGCUGAUGCACGGGAAGGAAGUUGGCAGCAUAAUUGGAAAGAAAGGAGAGACAGUCAAGAAGAUGAGAGAGGAGAGUGGGGCUCGAAUCAACAUAUCGGAGGGUUCAUCUCCAGAGAGGAUUGUCACCAUCACCGGACCCACGGAGGGAAUCUUUAGAGCCUUCUCCAUGAUCGCGCAGAAGCUAGAGGAGGACAUCAGCGCAGCGAUGACAAACAGCAGCGUGCCGAGCAAACCACCUGUGACUCUGCGCCUGGUGUUCCCGGGAAGUCAGUGCGGCUCCCUCAUUGGUAAAGGAGGCUCCAAGAUCAAGGAGAUCAGAGAGACCACGGGUGCACAAGUUCAGGUGGCAGGGGACAUGUUGCCGGACUCCACAGAAAGAGCUGUCACCAUCUCGGGAACCCCGCAGGCCAUCACUCAGUGUGUGAGACACAUCUGCUCCGUCAUGCUGGAGUCUCCACCAAAAGGUGCGACCAUCCCGUACAGGCCGAAGGUUCUACCCACAGCAGCCCACGCCGUGUUAGCACAACCCCACGCCGCACAAGCCUUUGCCAUUCCUGGCCAGUACGCGUUUGCACAUCAAGAUUUGACCAAGCUUCACCAGUUGGCUAUGCAGCAUAUCCCCCUCCCCUCCCUUGGGCAGAGCAACCCUACCUUCCCUGGUCUGGAUGCAUCAGCCCCCACGAGUUCACAAGAGCUGGCGAUACCUAAUGAUUUUAUCGGCUGCAUAAUCGGCCGUCAAGGCAGCAAGAUCAAUGAGAUUCGCCAGGUCUCCGGGGCUCACAUCAAGAUCGCCAGCGCCACGGAAGGCUCCGCCAUGCGGCAAGUCACCAUCACGGGCUCGCCGGCUAGCAUCAGCGUGGCGCAGUAUCUCAUCAACGCCAGCUUAGAGAUGGCUAAAUACACCAUGCAGGCUGCUUCGGCUGCCGCCGCUGUUGACCUGAACAGCUACUCCCAGUCCGCACCCACCGCCUCCACCGCUGCUACCUCUAUGGCCGUCCUGGCCGCCGCCACGCAAGCACCCAACACCAUUAACGUCCACUCUCCUUCCACUAUACCGACCAUCCAAAAUCCACACUACGCCGUCCCCGUUUCCAGCCUGCUUGGCAUGAAAACGCUCCCCGUCCUGGCUGUCCACCCCGCGGCCGCCUCAAGUCUAGCCCAGGGUUUGUCGGCUUACACUGCAAAAAUGCCAACAGCUGGAGUCAAAAAGUCAGACCGCCAGAAGUUUGCUCCGUAUUGAUGACGUGACUCACGCAGACAGUCUGGUGUCAGUAGCACUUUUGCUUUAAAAUAUUUGAGACAAUCAGAAUAAGAAUUUCUACAUUAUCUCAGGUUUCGAGGACUGAGUGGAACGAAGGUUCAUUCCAUUCCUCAGUCUUUACUUUAGCUAUGAUGAGAACCUAUUUGCGUUAGCGCCAUGACUGCAGCUUCGAAUUUGUUUGGCUUUAAAACCGACAUAAAUGUCAUGAAAUCAGUUUAAGUGGCAUUUAUAGGAAUUAAAGCUAAAAGAUUUGGAGCAGUUUUGUAGCCCAACAACUGAGAAAUAUCAGGGUUUGACUUCACCGGCGGGUCCCCAGGAAACUUACAAGUCAUGUGAUCUGAAAAUGAAAAUGAGGCAAACAAAGACAUGGACUUCGGAAAGAAAAUUUAAAUGACAAAUCUAUAAAAAGCAGUCAAAACUUAUUUCAACAAAAUAAUGUGUUCAAAUAAUUCCACUCGUUCUGAUACUGACUACUAGAACACUAACACAGUAACACGUCCCUAACAUCAGAUACUUUUAUUAAAAGCCUAAUACCUGUCAAGGUGAAGGAACCGUACCUGUGUCUGACUCUGUUGCUGUCUCGCCGGAGUCGGCGAGUCUGAGACAGGCUGGGGGCCGAGGAUGACAAUAAACCAGGUGUUUCCUUUGAACAAUGACAGGAUGAUUCAGCACAGAAUGACAUGCGUUUGACUCUUAGACUGGGAUCGGAGCACGGAAACUAACCUCCCUCUUGUCAGUGAGGAAGCAACUCAUGAUGCUCUAACAGCAACAAAACGAAAAUCUUGGGACCGUAACUGCUCUUAGUGUUCUAGGGUUGAAUGUUUUUAUGACAGUCUUGGCAAAAUAUUUGGGGCCACCUCAGAACAAUGACAACUCUAAUCUCUAAAACUAAUAUAGGUUAAAAUAAAACUUGACCAAAGGAUGGUUAUGGAAAUCAUUUUCAUCAAAUUUUCAUCACAUUUGACACAUAAUGCAAUGGCUCUCUGAUCACACUGUUCUGUUUCCUACACAUCUAUUUUCACGGUGCAUUGCCUUGAAAAAUUUACUACCAUUUUCAAUUACUAAAAUUGAAAACAACUCAACACAACCAUGGAUUUCCUCUGGGCACUCCAUUCACAUAUAAAGGUCAAUUGACAACUCCACAUUGUCCAUAGGUGUGAUGUACAGGUCACCUUUCCAGGGUGUCCUCUGCCUCUCAUCCCAAGCAAAAACAAUGCCUCCACCUCUAGCAUGUAAAGUGAACUUGGGACAAAACACAAUGCUGGAGGUAGUGUUUGAAUGAAAGAUCGUCUCAAACACUGAUAUGUUUGACAGUUAUUACCAUUCUCAACCUAUUAUUCUGUUGCACUUUUGCCUAAAUCAGGAGGAUAUAAUCUGGUGAUGCUCGCUACUUAUUUAAGCUUUGAUGGUCCCAGAUAUUAGGUAAAGACUGGAAUAACUCCAACUGAAGUUGUUAUUGAAACACUAAAGUGUAAUAUUCAUUCGCAUACUAGGGUCACAUGACUUGUUUCCUCAGAUGAUUCUAAGAGCUUUACACAGCAUUUCAUUGAAGAAAUGUUUAUGCAACUUAGUUUUUCUACCUGUGUGAAUAGAUUUUGUGUUAGAGAAGUGAGGUAUUUUUUAAAGAACGCUCCACACCUUUGUCAUGUUUCAUCCUCUCCCUCACUUUAGGCUGUCGUCAGCGCUAGCAGGCUCGGCGGCUCUGUAGUAGCGUUGCACUGUUCUGGCGGGAUUAUCCUCGAGGCACACUGGAUUCUGCUGGAUUUCAGUGCACUGUAAUCCUGACCCAACAAACUCAUUUACUGUGUCGGCGCGCCCGCUUGAUUCUUGUUUACUCUCCCACCCAAAAGAGUGAAAGGUUCCAGCGCGUGUGUGGGACGGACGCCAUUAUGGUAUUAAAUGUUUUAUUCAUGCGCUCCCGGUGUGGGUCCUCCCCACCAUCCAUGCAGAUUUGUAAUAUUUGUGAUGAAAUGACUUUGAAAUAAAUGGGACUUUUUAUGAAUACAGAUUGGAUGUUUGGCUGU